GAGUAUCGCGAGUGCGGCGCCAACUGCAACGACGUUGUUGAAGACUAUUUGUCGAUUCAAUGAAAAAUGCACUUUAGGACCUAACCAUGGGUGAAUUAAGCAGUGGAAUAGAUGGUUUGAGUUUGACAAAUAGUCUGUUUGCUGGUGUGAAGUACUACAUUAGCGGCAAUGUGAAAGACAAAGUCUUAAGUUUGUUACAAGAUGGAGGUGCAGAACAGCAACAGCAUUUUGAUUUUUGUACCCACUGUAUUGUGGGGGAAGAUGCCCCAGAAUCUGAUAUUAGCAGUGCCAAAGAUUUGUAUGAAGUACCUGCUGUAACUCAACAAUGGGUUAUUAGAUCUAUUGAAUGUGGAAAAAUACUUCCUACCAAAGGGUUUUCUGCAGAGCCCAAUCAACUGUUUAGCGAUGUCAAGGCAUCAUAUUCAGGCAUAACGACUGGAGAUGCUCAUGCAUUGUGGGCAAUGGUGACAUUUUAUGGUGGAAAGCUCCAGAAAGUCUUUGAUGAAUCAUGUACUCAUCUCAUUGCUGGGAAGCCUUCAGGGGCCAAAUAUGAAGCUUCAUUGGACCACAAUGUUACCGCUGUUACUCCAGACUGGGUUACUGAUUGCAUCAGAGCAGGAUUCCUCCUUGACACUUUAACAUAUCACCCACAGUUUCUAAUCAUUCCCAAGCCACGUACCCCUACACCACCAGCUGUGCUAGAUAAAUCUGUAUCAUUAAUCACAGGGUUUGCUGAUCAACAUGAAGCUUCUCCAACUGCGCCAAAAACACCAAAAGUAGCCACUUCCACACCUAAGGCUGUCACACCCCAACCCUCUACACCAAAAUCUACUGAUUCCAGUGGGGAUCCCAAAGCAACAUUACUUGAACAGUUGAAGCAGCGAAUGCCAUGGAAUCAAGCUCCAUCAACUCCUGUGUCUUCUGCUCAAGCCCCAGUGCCUUCAACCCCUCAGCCCAUGCCACAACUGCCUCAGGCAGUGCCAGUUUCAUCUGGACACCAACAAACUCAACAUGUUCAACCUUUGCAGCAGCAACAACCACAACAUUUGCAGCAGCAAAAUCAAAUGAUGAUGCAGCAGCAACAAAUUCAACAAGGCCCUCAAAUAAUGCAGCUGCCUCCACAACAGUUACAACAACCACAACAAAUUCAGCAAAUGCAACAGCAGAUACAGCAGCAAGCUCAACAAAUACCCCAGCAAAAUCAGCAAAAUUCACAGCAAAUGCAGCAGCAACCAUCUCAACAGAUGCAACAGCCGCCGCAACAGAUGCAACAGCAGCCACAGCAGAUGCAACAGCAGCCACAGCAGAUGCAACAGCAGCCACAGCAGAUGCAACAGCAGUCUCAACAGAUGCAACAGCAGUCACAACAGAUGCAGCAGCAUUCUCAAAUGAUUUCUCAACAACCCCAAUCGAUUCAAUUGCAAUCUCAACAAAUGCAUCCACAACUACAACAGCCACAACAAAUGCAACAGAUGCAGCAGCCUCAACAGCUGCAACAAUCACCUCAACAGCUUCAGCCUCAGCAGCAGAUGCAACAUCAGCCUCAGCAGUUAAUGCCCAUUCAACAGCUGACUCAACAACAGUUUCAUCAAUUAACACCUCAACAACAGCAACAGUACAUCCAGAGAAUGCAGCAACUUCAGCAGCAGCAGCAACAACAACAACAACAACAACAACAGCAGCAGCAACAGCAACAAUCAGCUCAACCUCCAUCCGGAAUUGCUUCUCAACAACAGUUGUUGCAGCAACAGUUGCAACAGCAAGGCCAAGUGGUGGCCAUAAGUUCUUCUGGCAAUGCGAUGAACCAACAAAUGUCCUCAAUCCAACUGGUCAGAUCUGUAGGGCAGAGUAUGGCACCACCCAACCAGCAACAAACAAUGGUCACGACCAUAGCUGGUGGACCCGGAGUGAUGCAGCAGCAGCUUUUAGUUCAGAAACAACAGUCUCCACAACAUCAGGCUGCUUCUCCUCAAGUCCAGCAGCAGCGAGUCAUGCAGCAGCAGGGAAUCCAAUGGAGACCACCUGUGUCUGGGCAACAGACACCAGGCCAGCAACCACCUCAAGUUGCUUCCCCUCAGCAUGUUCAAGUUGUAUCUAAAAUUAUGACUCCUCAACAACAGCAGCAAUCUCAAGCCCCACAACAGCAGCAACAGCAACAAUUUAUACUAAGAGAUGGCCAGCUCCAGCAACUUCCACCUCAACACUACACACUUACAGUUCAGAGGGAGCCUAUCUUGAGGGAUGCCCAAGGGAACCCCCUCUCACGGCAGCAACAGCAACAGUACCACCUUCAAAGACAGCAGCAGUUACAGAGACAAGGGCUCAUCCAGCAGCAGGGGCAGCCUGGACAACCAGGCCAAAUCAUCCAACUGAACCAAGCUGGGCAGGGUGGACAAAUUAUUGUCACACAGGCAGGCACUCCCUCAAGCCAAACAGUUCAGUUGACUGGGCAGGGUGGACAAGUGAUUCAAUCAGGACAAGUUGUUCAACAGGGUCAAAUUAUGCAGCAGGGCCAAGUACAGGGCCAAGUCCUUCAGCAGGGCCAGGUGAUUCAGCAGGGACAAUUGGUUCAACAAGGACAGGUGAUUCAGCAAGGACAAGUUAUUCAACAAGGUCAAGUCGUGCAACAAGGACAGGUCAUUCAGCAAGGACAAGUUCUUCAACAAGGACAAGUCGUGCAGCAAGGACAAGUUUUGCAGCAAGGACAAGUUUUGCAGCAAGGGCAAGUUUUACAGCAAGGACAAGUUUUGCAACAGGGGCAGGUCAUCCAGCAAGGGCAGGUCAUUCAACAAGGACAAACAAUUCAGCCUGGACAAGUUAUUCAGCAAGGCCAGGUCAUUCAGCAAGGCCAGCUCAUCCAACAGGGGCAGGUCAUUCAAGGCGGACAACUGCAGCCACAAUUGCAGCAACGGCAAAUAGCAUAUGCGCAGGGACAGCAGCGAAACCUAAUUCAAGUGGAUGCCCAAACAAGAGCUCAAAUGCAGCAAAUGGAUCCUCAACAACAGGCAAUAUUCCUUCAGAAGAAGAUGGAACGUCAAAAACAGCUCUUGUUGCAACGUCAGAUGCAGCAGCAAAGAGCUCAGCAGGCACAGCUGCAGCUCCAGGGCCAACCUGGCCAACCUGGCCAGCCUGGUCAACCUCAAGUACAGAUAGCACAGAGUCAAGUUCCACCAGGACAGAUUCAGCAAGCACAGAUACAACAAGGACAGAUCCCACAAGCACAGCUUCAACAGGUGCAGGUGGCUCAGGUGCAAGUCCAACCAGGGCAGCUUCCUCCAGGGCAGCUCCAACAAGGGCAGUUGGUUCCAAACAGCCUCCCCCAGGGUCAGAUGCCGCAGGUGCCUCAGGUCUCUCAGCAGGCUCAGGUCUCACAGCAAGGGCAAAUAGCCCAGCCUAACCCUGUCCCAGUUCCUGUGGCACAAGGCCAGGUGCAGCAAGUCCAGCAGGUGCAGGUGCCUCAGGGACAGCUGCGGCAGAUUCCUCAGGGGCAGGUUCAGGUACCCCCAGGCCAAGGCGUUACUGUCAUCAGUCGACUGCCGCAGGGACUGACUCAACAGCAGCAGCAGGCGUGGAUGCAACAGCAUCGAGAGCGGCAGCUGUUACUACAACAGCAGCAGCAGCAGUUGGCGCAGAACCCUCAGCUGAGACAGCAGGUUUUGGUCCAACAACAGGGACGCAUUCGCCCUCAGACAAUGCUACAAGUUCAGCAACCCGGGGCUCAGCCAGUUCCUGCUCCUGCUCCACCUGGACCUGGAGCAACUACGCAACAACAACAACAAUAUGCUCUGCAGCAGCAAAUGAGAAUGCAGCAAAUACAAAUGCAACGAGAUGCUGCUCAAAAACAUCAAGUGAUGGUUCUUCAAGGGCAGCGCAUGCCAUACACACCUCAAGGCACAGGAAUUACUCAAGUUGCUGUUCGAGCACAACUCCAACAAGGACAAGCACCUCAGCCACAACAGGCACAACAAGUGCAGGGUCAACAAGCAGGAAAUGCUGUUUCUGGCUCAACAAAUACAUCUGAUUCAAACACACAGGAGCAGUUCCAGGGAGAAGGGACGCAGGCGCAGUCUAUUCCAGUCGUUCAACCACCUUCUCUUCCGGUCCCUUUGCCGCCUCCUAUGCCUGCCCCUAUGGUGCCCACUGCACCAGCAACACAGGCACAGUCCCUCGUCAAUUCUAAAACAAAGACAGCCUUAGCUAAUAUGUUGAGUAACAGGUUAAAUGGUGGUGGAGGGCAACACCAUACCUCAUCAACUACUGCCACUACAACUACUACCACUCAGCUUCUUGCCCCUGAAGGCAGUGCUGCUGGACAGUUGCGCAGAAUGACAGCUCAGCAUCAUGCUGCCCAGCAACAACAGCAACAGCAGCAGCAGCAGCAAGCCGCGCAGAUGUCUCCACAACAGCUGCUCUUGUUCCAGCAACAACAAAGACGCACUCUGAGCAAUAUCACAAAUAAUGCAACUGGGGUUGCUGUUGCUGGUGCACCUGGUGGUGUGACCUCUGUCAGGGUUCCUGGUGUCCCAGGCCAAGUCGCUGUUGUGGGGCAGCCUGGUGUGCCCCCUGGGCACUGUGGUGCUCUCACUCCACAGCAAAUUCAAGCAGCUAAACAAGCUCGUGCCGGCCAGAUGGUAGCCAAGACAGGAAUUCCUCAACAACAUCCUGAACCUGUGGAAUAUUAUGGCCAUCACCCUAAUGCUAAAAUUCCACCUGAAAUGUGUCUUCUUGGAUGCAUUUUCUUUAUUGUUGAGUAUGAUGAGGAGGUUGGAAACCAGUUGAACAACUGGAGAAAAAUAAUAAGAGAUUAUGGUGGAGAGGAGGAUCCUGUCUAUGGACCUCGUGUUACUCAUGUGCUGUGUGAAACUCAGACUAAUCCUAGAGUGAAGCAGGCAAUGCAUGAUGGAAAGCGGCUUGUGACAGCUCAGUGGCUUAAUGAUGUGAUUGUGAAACAGCAGAUGGUUCCCCCUUGGCAUGCUCUUCAUCUUCCUGUGCAGUUUGGAGAGACAAAGCCUUGUCGAAAUAUGAUUAUUGCAUACAGUGGUUUUGAAGGAGAAGAGCGUGCUAGAAUCAAAAUUAUGAUUGAACUUGUUGGAGCUAAGUGUACCUCAUAUUUAAGCCAGCAGAAUAACCUCUUAGUUUGUCGCAAGCAAGAAGGUGCUAAGUACCGCCAGGCAAGAGAAUGGGGAAAACCUGUAGUUAAUGCUCAUUGGCUAUUUGAAGUCAUGUUUUGUUCCUAUAACUGUAUUUGUCGCCCAGAGCAAAGAAGAUUCCAACACUUCAACUUAAUGAAUCCAUUUUGUAUUAACUGUGAUGCUGUUCCCCACCUUAUGGGCCCAUGGACAAAUCCUGUACUUGUUACACAAGAAGCUUAUGAAAAGGCCAAAAUCACUGCAUCACCCCGACGCAAGAAACCAAAGUUAGACAAAAGUCCAGAUUGGAGUCAAGAAAAUAUGAAGCAAGAAGAAAUGGAUACUAGCUGCUCUGGCCUUUCUGACAACAAGGAAGGAGCGCCUGUUGUGUUAUUAUCUUCUGUGAGUGACAGUUUUGGCUUGCAACAGAAAAUUCGAGAAUUAGGAGGGUCAGUUACUAAAGUCUGUAGGGAAGCAACACAUUUGGUCAUGUCAAAACCUCAGAGAACAGUGAAAUUUUUCUGCAGUAUAUCAUUUGUACAGCAUAUAUUAUCCGAAUCCUGGGUACUGGAUAGUUAUUCAAAGGAUAAGUUUCAAGAUGAGCGUGACUAUAUCCUUCAAGAUCCUGAAUUUGAAGCCUCACAUUCCUUUAAAUUUUCUGAACUCCUAGCAAAACCAAACCGGAACCAACUUUUUAAGAACAAAAUAUUUUACAUCACACCUGGUGUAAUACCAUCACAAGCAUGCCUUAGAGAAAUGAUCGAGCAUGCUGGAGGCUCUGUUGAUAGACAGCGAAGAACAUUGAAAGAAAUUCUAGAUCUGAAUGCAGGUGUCAACCAUACAAACCACUUCAGCAAUCCAUUGAGUUCAAUACAUUCAUCCAUGCCGGGCAUUCCAUUCCCCCCUCCAAUCUCAAACAUUUACACAUCUCCUCAAACUAGUGUAACUCCCAGUCAGUUAUCACUUACAAAUGGACCAACUAUGGCCCCCACUGUUUCAAAUCAUACUGGAAUGUCAUCAGCAACUGCUGAUUCUGAACCAGUUAACAAACCCUCUUCAAACCCUCCUCCUCAAAACAACAUUGCAACCAAUUUGCCUGCAAUGCCUACGCCCAAUGGAUUGAACAAAGAUGAGGCGAUGGAAGUUGACUCAGAGUCAAAGAGGGACAUUAAACAAGAUGCCAUGGAUUCUGAUGGGAAGAAAGAUAAUUCAUUGGAAAUGAAGCAAGAUACCAAAAAGUCAGAUGAUGCUGCUGAAUCAGAAGAGAGGGUCUUGAUGAAACCUCCUAUUCCAGUUACUAUGUAUGGUCCUAAAGACUUCAGACCCAGAGCACCAGAAAGGCCAAACAGUGAUAAAAAGGAGCCUGUGUAUCUGGUCAUUUCAGUUCUUAAUGAUCUUCACCUUGUCAAGGACCUUAUGAAAGCCAAGCUAGGUGUUUAUAGUGCUGAGUUUGUGAUGAGCUCCAUAUUGCACCAGAAAAUUGACUUUGACUCAGCCAUACAUGAAGAUAGCCAUCCCCGGUAAGGUAAAGAUGUAUAGCAAAAGUUGUGUUUUUUUUUUUUUUUUUUUUGUCUGUGUUUUCACCAUUUUAAAGACUGACCAAUUAGUUGACAGUUCCCUUUUUUUAAAAAUUUGUUUAAAAUAGCAGGAUGUAUGUUUAUAAGCUAUAAAUAUCUUUAUUGUACAAUUUUCUAUGUAUUUUUGUCGUUUGCAUUGUCUUCUGUUUUCAAAGCUUACAUGUUUUUGUUUUUUAAAAAUAUAUAUGUAUAAAUUAAGAUUACCAGUUGUAUAACAAAUGCAGUUCUAAUUACUGGAAGAUUCAUUAUUGGUUCUAAUGUACGCCUUUGUACUAAGUUUAGCUCUAUAUUGUGGAUGAUCACCAAAGAUUGCUUCAGAGACUGAAAUCAACAAUCAUCUGUAGCAUUUUUUUUUUUGCCUGAGGGUACAAUUUAGGUUCAGUUAAUUUGUGACAUAACUCACCUCUCACAAAUUUUGUUUUUACUUUAGUUUUUUUUACACUUUUGACAAAUUAUUAACUUAUGUUGAUGUAUUACUACUUUACUUAUGGCUGUGCUGUAUGAAUGUUACUUAGAAAUAUUUUGAACAUUUUCCUUCCAACUUUUCAUUGUUAUGCAGUGGAGUCACCAUCAGCUAGUCAAAUGACACUCCUGCCAUAUUAGCUGUUCAACAACUUUAUAAUACACUGUGCUAAAUGUGAAACUAAUAAUGGAGUCACUGCAUGAAUUUCAGGCCACUAAGAUGUUUCAAUGUAUGAUAUUAUUAUCUAGGAACCUGUUACAAAUAGACAUGAAAUAUAUAGUAUUGAUGAAAAACAA